GGGCGGAGCGGACGGUCGGCAACAUGGUGGAGUCCAGCUGAGCGCGCGGGUUAGGAGAUACUUUAUUCAAGAGAACUUAAGACAAAUUGCAUAAAUCAAGAUGCCUGCUCCUUGUGAUUCAUUGCUUGAAGAUAUUGAGGAUAUUGUGUCAGCACAAGAUGUGAAACCACAUGACCGACAAUUUGCACGAAAGAAUGUUGUUCCUAAAGUGCGAAAACGCAGUUCACAAAAAAAUGUUCAGGCGGAUGAUGAUCCACCAAGUGAUAGCAUUAUUCCCGGUGCACAAAAAAUCUGGAUACGCACAUGGGGAUGUUCUCAUAAUAAUUCAGAUGGAGAAUAUAUGGCUGGACAGUUGGCUUCUUAUGGGUACAGAAUUACAGAGAACGCCGCAGAAGCAGACUUGUGGCUUCUUAACAGUUGCACGGUAAAAAGCCCAGCUGAAGAUCACUUCAGAAACUCAAUUAAGAAAGCCCAAGAAGACGACAAGAAAGUGGUUUUAGCUGGAUGUGUUCCACAAGCCCAGCCUCGUCAAGACUACCUCAAAGGUCUGAGCAUUAUAGGGGUUCAGCAAAUAGACCGUGUAGUAGAAGUUGUGGAGGAAACUAUUAAAGGUCACUCUGUGAGACUGCUGGGUCAGAAAAAAGAUAAUGGAAAACGGCUGGGGGGAGCUCGAUUGGAUUUGCCAAAGAUUAGGAAGAACCCACUGAUAGAAAUCAUUUCCAUCAAUACAGGGUGUCUCAAUGCAUGUACCUAUUGCAAAACCAAGCAUGCCAGAGGAGACCUAGCAAGUUAUCCAAUUGAAGAACUAGUGGACAGAGCCAAACAGUCUUUUCAAGAGGGUGUUUGUGAGAUAUGGCUGACCAGCGAAGACACAGGGGCUUAUGGCAGAGACAUUGGCACAGACCUUCCUACACUUCUGUGGAAGCUGGUUGAAGUUAUUCCUGAGGGAGCUAUGCUGAGACUUGGCAUGACAAAUCCUCCCUAUAUUUUAGAGCAUCUGGAGGAAAUAGCAAAGAUUCUCAAUCAUCCAAGAGUAUAUGCUUUUCUUCACAUACCAGUCCAAUCUGCUUCUGACAGCAUACUCAUGGACAUGAAAAGAGAAUACUGUGUGGCAGACUUCAAACGGGUAGUGGAUUUCCUUAAAGAAAAAGUGCCUGGAAUAACAAUUGCUACAGACAUCAUCUGUGGUUUUCCAGGGGAGACAGAUGAAGAUUUUCAAGACACCAUGAAACUUGUAGAAGAGUACAGGUUUCCAAGCCUCUUUAUUAAUCAGUUUUACCCACGUCCAGGGACUCCUGCUGCAAAAAUGCAUCAAGCUCCAGCCCUAGUGAAAAAGCAAAGAACAAAGGAUCUAUCCCAACUAUUUCAUUCAUACAAUCCUUAUGAUCAUAAGGUUGGUGAGAGACAGAGAGUUCUGGUAACAGAAGAAUCUUUUGAUUCCCAGUUUUAUGUUGCUCACAAUCAAUUCUACGAGCAGGUUCUCGUGCCAAAGGAUCCUGAAUUCAUGGGUAAAAUGGUAGAAGUGGACAUUUAUGAAGCAGGGAAACAUUUUAUGAAGGGGCGGCCAGUGUCAGAUGCCAAUGUGUUCACUCCAUCCAUCACCAGACCGCUAGCAAAAGGAGAGGUUUCCGGUAUAACAGAGGAGUUCAGAUAUGUGCUGGAAAAUGGCUUGAAUUUGAAAGCUUGCCCCUCCCCUGGGAUCCGAGAAAAAGCAUCAUUGAGUUCCAGGAUGGUGAUGCAACUUCCUUGGCUGCAAGAAGGAGGUGGACUGAAGAUGCUGUCUGUCAGCCUGGCUUUACUGGCAAUUCUUGUUACUUUUUAUUAUCGAGGUGUUUAAAUAAAACACUGAACUGAACUGAACGAAGCUUUUGUGAACAAAAAUAAAGUGCUGAUUAAAAUCUUCAGAGGAAAUCUAUUUAAAAAACAGAUGUAAACUGAGCAAUAAUUUGUACUCACCCUAAGCCUUUCCUUUCAUCCAUAGUUUAAGUGAGACCCAUCCUGUUCCUAUUUGCAUUCUGUGGUUAUUUAAUCAAGGGCAGGAAAAUGGUUUGUCACAUCAGACUUUUUCUCUUAUAGAUUUUUUUUAUUUAAA